AAGCGUUGCAGGGAGACGGUUUCCGAGGAGCCCGGUAUUAAAGCGGACGCUGCUGCCCGCACCCGUCCGCGCCGGCCCGACCCGACUCGCCCCCGGGGACUAGCCGGGCCCCAGCCGCGCCGCCCCGCCCCGCCCCGACCGACCCACCUGCCGGAGCCAGCCAGCCACCCCCUCCGCGGCCACAGGGCCAGGUACCGGGCAGAGGGGGAGACCCGGCGGCAGAUUAAUCAGCCACUCGAUGGGGAUUAACAGUGGAGCACCUUUUUGUGUCGCCUUUCCACCUCUACGUAGCAAGAAUAACAACUUCAGCACUUUGUCAAUAAUAAUUAUGAAACUGAUAUUAACUGAAUGGCAAUUAUGGAUUUUUAACUCUAAUUCACAGUAAACUAGCAAGCCAUAUGUUGAAAUUCCUACUAAGUAGCUUCCUGUUCUUUGUUUCAUACCUAUCUGUACAAGGUGGAAUAUAAGCAUUACUUGCAUCAGGAACAUAACAGAAGUUGAAAGAGAAGACAUCUUAGAGAGAUGAUAGUAUUAUUUAUAGAGCUAUAAUAAAUAUAUAUUUUUAUGGUAAUGAAAAUGGCUCCCCAGAAUGCUGACUCAGAAUCUAUGCAAGUUCAAGAGCUACCUGUGACAGAUCUUCAGAAACCAGCAAACAAAGAGAAUGAGAGUAGGGAGGAGACUAUUAGUGAAGGAUCCAUAAACCGGAUACCAAUACGCCUGUGGGUGAUGCAUGGCGCAGUGAUGUUUGGCAGAGAAUUCUGUUAUGCCAUGGAAACAGCAUUGGUAACCCCGGUAUUGUUGCAAAUUGGUCUUCCUGAACAAUACUACAGCCUCACUUGGUUCCUUAGCCCCAUCCUGGGCCUGAUCUUCACUCCACUCAUAGGUUCGGCUAGUGAUCGCUGCAGACUGAGCUGGGGCCGCCGGCGGCCUUUUAUUGUUGCUCUCUGCAUUGGUGUCCUCUUUGGUGUUGCACUUUUCCUUAAUGGCUCUGUUAUAGGUCUGGCCAUUGGAGAUGUGCCAGACAAGCAGCCCAUUGGCAUAGUUCUCACAGUGCUUGGAGUGGUGGUAUUGGAUUUUUGUGCUGAUGCAACAGAGGGGCCAAUUCGGGCCUAUUUACUGGAUGUGGUGGAUAGCGAAGAACAAGACAUGGCACUCAACAUCCAUGCCUUUUCAGCUGGUCUUGGAGGAGCCAUUGGCUAUAUGUUAGGAGGGCUGGACUGGAUGCAGACCUUCUUGGGUGACCUUUUUAAAUCUCAAGAACAAGUACUUUUCUUUUUUGCAGCCAUUAUUUUCUCUGUCUCUGUUGCUCUUCACCUUUUUAGCAUUGAAGAAGAGCAGUAUAACCCUCAACAAGACAGAAUUGAAGAUGAAGCAGAUACACUUUCUAGUGUUAAGCUUAGUGGCAGCCUUCCACCUCUGAAUCGACUGAAUGUAAUUAGCGAGGAAGAUCCCUAUGGGACCUCUGUGUACCCAGAGGAAGUUCAGUCAGAGCAGGACCUCAAUAUGGAUUUCCUUGAGGUGGACAUUGUAAGGAGUAAGAGCGAUUCUGUUCUGCACAUGCCAGAUGCCACUCUGGAAAUCGAAUCAGAGCUGCUUUUUCUACAUGACAUUGAGCCCUCCAUUUUUCAAGACCCUUCAUACCCAAAUACUCCCCUCAGCACCAGCCAGGAACUUCUGAAGUGCAAAUUUAACCGCCUCUCUGCUUUCCUCAGGGAAAAUGAAAAAGAGGAGAUGUUGCUUGAUAAUCACUUGAAUGAAGCCAAAGUCCCAAAUGACAAUGGCUCCCUACCAAAAGAUCUCCUCAAUGGACAUGCUAGGAUUGGCAUGAAGCAAUCUAGUACUUCAAACUCCGUGCACAGGCGAAGGCACAUGUUCUAUCGUCAGCCAUCUUACACCUUCUCCUACUAUGGCAAAAUAGGUUCUCACCGCUAUCGUUUCCGACGGGCCAAUGCCAUUGUCUUGAUCAAGUCCUCCCGCAGCAUGAAUGAUAUCUAUGACAUGCAGAAGAGACAACGGCAGAGAUACAGACACAGGAAUCAGAGUGGCACAACAAAUUCUAGUGGAGACACUGAGAGUGAAGAAGGGGAAACGGAAACCACUGUCAGACUUCUGUGGCUGUCUAUGCUAAAAAUGCCCAAUGAGCUCCUGAGGCUUUGCCUUUGUCACCUCUUAACCUGGUUUUCCAUCAUUGCUGAAGCAGUGUUUUAUACAGAUUUCAUGGGACAGGUCAUCUUUAAAGGGGAUCCCAAGGGCCCUUCUAAUUCUACUGAACUGCAAGCCUACAAUGCCGGAGUUCAGAUGGGCUGUAGGGGCUUGGUCAUUUAUGCUGCGACUGCUGCUGUUUGCUCAGCUUUACUACAAAAAUACUUGGACAACUACGACCUUAGUAUAAAGGUGAUCUACAUUCUGGGCACACUGGGUUUUGCUAUUGGAACUGCAGUGAUGGCUAUGUUCCCCAAUGUGUACGUGGCUAUGAUAAUGAUCAGCACUAUGGGAAUAGUCUCUAUGAGCAUAUCCUAUUGUCCUUAUGCGCUUUUAGGACAAUACCAUGAUAUUAAACAGUAUAUUCACCACAGCCCUGGAAACUCAAAGCGAGGAUUUGGCAUAGACACUGCUAUCCUUUCGUGCCAGGUUUACAUCUCCCAGAUUCUGGUGGCCUCAGCACUUGGUGGAGUGGUGGAUGUAGUAGGCACAGUCCAGGUUAUUCCAAUGGUGGCAUCAGUAGGCUCCUUCCUGGGCUUUUUGACAGCUACAUUCUUGGUGAUUUAUCCCGAUGUCACGGAGGACCCAAAGGAAGAACAGAAAGGACUGAGCCCUCCAGAGACCACCGAAAGCAAUGGUGUGGAUGCAGAGAAACCAACUGCUAUAAAGCUCUCGCGUAAAGGGGCAGCCUCGUCAGAAUUGGAAAGCGAGUCAAUAGUUUGAACUGGUCAUUGUUAUUUAUACACAUUCCAAGCAGUUCAGGUGCAUGAAUGAGGACAUUCUUAAGGAAAAAAUUCUGACUCUCUUCAGUAGUUACUUUUUGCUUAAAUUGCAGCAAAAAAUGGCUCUUUCAUGCAAAAACGUAGAUGAAAUUCUGUAGUCCUAGGAUAGGUUUGAACAGAUAGCUAUUACGCUGAUUGCUUUCUCUACAAUUUAGAAAUUGUCACUUCUGAACACUUUUUAAAUUAAGAACACAGUUAGAUUUCAAAUAUAUAAAUCUGCAGGUACAUUGUUCGUUCUUGCAUGUUUUUUAAAAUGUCAUGACAGAUUCACAGUAUAUACAAUUAGCAGUUUAGAAAAAUGACGGUUGCUUGCAAUUUUUAGACUGUAAUUGAAAACAAAAGCUAUUUUGACCAUAGGCUUCGCUAAUUUUUUUGUCUGAACAUUUCAGAUCUUGCUAAUGUAAUAGGUGAAUCAGAUGUGGUGACGCCUUUCUCUCUUUUUUUUUUUUUUUUUUUUUUUUUUUUUUUUUUUUUUUUUUUUUUCCCCUGUAGACACAAUAUUUGGUUUGACAGCUACAAUUUUUUAACAUUUGUUUGGAUUUCAUCCUAUUUUAGUGGGUGCAAUUACUACCAAGUAUUUUUCUUUGCAAUUACUUAUGUUUUAAAAAAGCAAUACCUACAGUUUAAGAGAACUGCUGUCAAUUCUUUUAUUCAAACUGUUCAACAAAUCUGUUCCCAAGUACUGCCGCUUGUCAGAAAUUGAUGGUAUUGCGUGUAUGGUUUAGCUGCUGAUGGAAGUAACAGCAGCUGGGAAGGUGAUCAGCACUUGCAGCAAGCAUUUGCAGUGAGUGCAGAAUUUAAUGAGCGGCACUGGAACAUGCUGUGACAAUUUUAGCAGGGAGUUUUGCAUGUUGAACUUACUACGGUUGAUUUUUCUCUCGGCAUUUAAAACUGAUCAUCUCAUUUUGAUGAAACUGCAAUGGAGAAGGGAAUUUCAUUCAGUUGGCUUCAUGGAAUUGAUGUGAGGAUUCUCUUUAGAGGGGAAGGAGGUUGUUGAUUGCACUUCUAUGAUCCUUUAACCUUCUGGCUGGGAAUCACAAUAGUAUAGUCAGUGUCAGUACAACAAGGUAAACCGAAGGCCUACCUCUAUAACUUUAUGCCAUAGUCUGGUUAUAUAAAAAUCUGUGUCAGAAAGAGCUUUGGUUCUUAAAAUCCAAUCCAGAAGCAUGUAAUGCAGUUCCUGUCCCUACACAGGAGUUGUAUACUGGAGCUCUUUUGAGCUGCUGUCCUGAUUCCUUCAGUCUGACCUCAUUACCCUCUUGCAUAAUACUGGAUUCAGGACAUAGCUGCAGUGCAAAGAAAUUUCCUGAGAAGAGCGAUAGGAAAGAUAACUAUUUUUAACUUAAAUGCUUAACUGAAUUUUUAGCAAUGCCCAAAACCAUGGAUAGCUGUAACUCAGAUGCAGCAGCCUUUUAAAAUGUCUUUAUAAACAAAACCAACAAACUUCCGGUCCUUACCUUUAUAAGAAGUGUUCAUAACUCUAUUUACUCAUUUCCAGGUGGAACAGAAGAGGCUACAGCAAGUUCACAGGUUUAGUCAAGCAAAUCCAGACCACUGUUGUAAUAUUUCUGCCGCCUCAAACUCAUUAAAUAGUCGCAGUACUUUAGAAUGCGUGUCUGAAUCAUGCUGCAGUAUAGUCAUUCAAAAGCAAAGUAUAUAUAUUUCAAAAUGAAAAGCUGUUUUUAAUUACUUGAAUUGUAAGUGUAUUUAAGAGAAUAUAUAUUCUGGUGGAGUUGAGGCUAACUGGCCAUCUUGCCAAUGUCAUUGAUAAAUUACUGAUGGCAUCAUAUGUUUUCUUCUUAGCUGAAGGAUUUUAGGCAGUACUCAUGUCUCCCUCUGGCGGGCAUGAAUAUACUGUUUUUACAUUUGAAUGCUAUGAAAUUCCAUCAAGUACACAGAAUUGCACAGGACUCUUGUUUGAAGUGUGUUAAGGAAAAGAAGUCUGUUUUUUUGUGUUUGUUUGUUUUUUGUUUGUUUUUUCUCUGUGAAUAUUUUUAUUAUUAGAACACUUCUGAAUUUUGUGUUCAGACAGGAGACUAAUACUACUGAAGCAUUUAAGACCUUAUUGAAGAAAUCAGUUGCUAGAAAUAUUUCUCACUGAACUCUUGGAGUGAGUUUUAUCAUCUCUGUGUAUAUAGUCUAGUAGGCUUCACAUAUAACCGAAAUGCAGUGCUGUUUCACCAUAAAACUGGCAUUCCUGUGAAAUACAAACCUAAUUGUACAGUUUUAAAGUUUGGCAUCAAUAUUUUAUUUUAAAAUACUCUAAGGAUUCUGCUUCUUUGUUAAACGGACACAGUCAGUAGAUCUUAGUUACUGACACAUAAAACAAGUUUUAAAGUUACCAUUGCGUGUGAGAUUUGUCUAUCAAUUUAAUCUUUCAUACCAAUCUGGUCCUUUUCCCUCUUGACAGAUGUUUCACUGGAUGUUGUUUAAAUUAGCAUUACCCAGCAUAGCACUUUCUUGAGCCAAAAUGUGCACUGGCAUCAUAAGCUGGUGACAAUUUAGCUUUGGAAAGAACAGUUGGCUGCCUCUUGCUACAUAGUGAACAGAGGGAUCAUAAAACUUUGCUUUUUGGAGCUGGGCACAUGCACAUUUACUCCAGCCCCCCACUUCCCCACACAGACCUCUAAAAGAGGGAGGUGAAGGUUUGGUUGUAGGGUGGAGCUCAGUUUCAGAUCCCGAGGAUUUCAAUCAGGUCAGAUGAAUUUUGUGCUGGCCAGCCUUUACCAAGCCUCUUUCCUAAGAAUUGGAGACUAGAAUGUGCACAGUUUGGGCUGGGAAAGCAUUGUUUAGAUUAUCACAUUAAAAUGUAAACUAGCUAUGCUGCUUUGUAGCACGACGUUUUACUGCACUGCAGCAAAGUGAAGGUCCCAGGGAAACAAUCAUUCAGUGUAAACACGUUUGUGUCCUGCUGGCAAUACUUCAUGUUUGGGUAGCCCUGCCUAGGCCUUCAAAGACUUGCAACCAUAGUAGCUAGUUCCACUGCCUAGCCAGGUUAUGGAGCCUGACGAAAUUAAAGAUGCUUUUCAGCUUUGGACGUGGACAGGUUGCUGCUUAGUGAUGAUUAUCGGAAGUUUUUAAUUCUAGAGCUCUUCGAUUUUUGAGAGAUUCCCUUUGUAGCCCAGGCUUUUCCAUGGGGUAGGUAACGUAUCCCUUAUCUUCAACUGCAAAGAGAUUGUUACUUUAAGGUUGCACUAGUCAAACCCAUCAAAGUGUAAUCACCUUAUUUCUUAUUGUGGAAUUGAAGGGAGGAAAAAGCUGAGGGAGUUGUUUAACUUUCUGGUGACUCUAAAUAGUGUUUAGGUAUGCCAUUAUUACUACUUAGUCCACUUCAUCUUGUGUAUGCUAUCAAAUAAGAUGCAUACUGUAGCAGGUUUAAGUUUUGGUAGUUUAAUUCUUCCUGUAUUUCUCUUUAUCACAUAAUAUGUUACAUCCACUGAUUAAAAAUCUGUUUCUUGAUAACACUUGACAGCUUUAGGUUCAUGUUCUUAAAAGGUUAAAUUAGUUAAAAGUAUCUCUUUGCAUCAGAUAUCUGGUUGCUAGGCAUCAAAUCUAGCAUUAUGCUGCGUAAAGUCAGAGAGGCUUAAACAUAACCAUUUUUGGAAAUUAUAAAAUUGAAUUGGCUGCAUUGAUUUAUCAUAGUCUAAUCAUAUUUGAACCAAGCAGCUCAGUAAGGAUUUCAAAAAAUAGAAGCAAUAAUUUCUUAGGAAUGUUUUCUUACAAUUACUCAAAUUAUUUGCAUGGAGAUUUAUUACCUAAAUAACCUUUAAAUAAUUUUAAGCUGAUUUAUCUCUGAUCCACUCUGUCAACAGUCAGUUCAGGACAACUGUUGGCAAGACAAGACACAUGCCUUUCACAACAAGGUGCAAAGAAGCAUUUGGAGGAGAAACAACAAAUCCAGUGCAAAUUACAACUCUCUGAAUCUUGUGUCCUUUUUCGGCCUAUCAUAGAUGGGCCUUUGUAUAAAAUAUGGAAAGUUCCCCACCUCAGAAGUCUGACCAGCAGGGACGCUUUGAACGUAGACUCCUGCUCCAGGGAAUCAGAAUUUCCCCAUCACUAGCCACAGGUUUAUGAGCAACUUUCACUAUGGAAAUUCUGGCUGACUGAUUCAGUUGUGAAACAUGCCAAAUGUUCCCAAGAAAGCUAUUUUUUGUGUUUGUUUUAAGGGGCAUGGAUACUAUAGCAGGGGAGUCUGUCUCUCGUAGGAAUUCCUCUUGUCCCAGAGCAGUUCAAUAACUACAUGUCAGAGGUGGCUGUAUGGGGAAGUACGUUGUUGAAGGCAAAUAGUCUCUCUAGAAUCCAUAUACCUACUCGUGGGUUUUGGUGAUCUAGGACUUGCUCCAAAGCCCAGGGAAGUCAAUGCAAGGACUUUCAUUCACUCCAGUGGGCCUUGGAUCAGGCCCUUAAUACCCAUUAACAACUCUCUGGAUUAAGACUAAAUUUACAAACGGGAGGAGGAGGAAAUUUAAAUAGUUUUGCUGGAGACAACAGAACCACAGCUGGUGGGCUCCCUCCUUGAAGCCUGUUUUGAUAGUCCAGAUUAUUUUUGUUCAACAUUUCCAUAUUUUUCCUAACUGCAAUUUAAUGUGAUUUGGUUGCGUGACAUCCUGUGGUUCAGUACCUAGUUUUACCUCUAGUUUAUAUAUAGAGUGUAAAAUGUUCAGUGACAGAACUAGAGAUAAAACUAGGAACUGAACUGUAUAGUUGGGGCCAAAAUAUCCUUGUUGAUUGUAUGCUCUUCCUGAAUUGUACUAAGUAAUGUGUUUUCACUUGAGUUCUUCCCGUUUUCCCCAUUUCUUAGUCUGCUGCAAGAUGAACUAAGCUAUAAAAUAUAUAUCCUGUUUAAAGAACACCUGCAUGAAAUUCCAAGCAUCUGAAGUAUCUGUUGUGGAAGAGCGAUUGGUUUUUAUUUGCAGCUGUCUUUUCCUUGUUUUCUGUUGAUAGGCCAAAUAAAUGUAAUGCACGCCAAAUGUUGCACAUGAAUGGUAUUGAUGACUGUGUAAGAAAUACCAAAUUUUAUUUUUCCUUAAGGUGAUUUUUAUGGCUAUAGAUAGUUCUUGAGCUUAAGCCGCCACACUGCAAAUUUGUAAAUUUUCAUUGAAAAGGGUCAUUCUCAAAGGAUAAGCUACCCAAAGUUUUCUAUUUCUCAUGUUGCAUCCAGAAUAAGCAUAUUGCAAAUGCAUCUUCUCCUUACUCAAAUGUUGAACUGUUUUUAUUUUAAGGGAUUUUUCACUUCAGCAAGGGGAAAUUGUAUCAGGACUUCCACAAUCUCACUUGUGCAUGACUUCAGCCAGUCAGGGCAGAAAGGUACCACCAUUAAGAUGCUUGGUUUUGCCCUGAUUAAAUUGAAGAUAAUUUCCUGUAAGAGUGAUUUGAAUUUCUAGACCUGAACAUCCUUCAAAUUUGUCUUGCUUUUAACCUUGCCUUUCCAGUCUGCAAACUGUUGCUGUGGCCCUCUGCGGGACAAAUAGUUUUGUCUGAUGCAGAGGGGACUAAAAACCUGUUGCAUCAUACAGCAUCCUUUUUAACCCGAUGGCAAUAGGAGCUGUCACUUCUGAUGCCAGCAGUAAACAGACGACUUGUAGUGCUGUAGCUGCUGUCACUGUAACACAACUGCUAACAAAUCUUUUCCCCAGCAAAUAUUUCACCCUAAUAUAAACAUACCGGGUCUCCAGUGCAAACUUCUGUAAGAGAGAACCCACCACAUGAGUUCACGUUCCAUGAACUCUGGCUCCUUUUUUUCAAAUUUUAAAAUCACAUUUAAAGAUCUAGGAAUGUACCCCUAAAACACUAUUAUUAGCAUUAUUGAUAUAAUACCCACUAGUGCCAGAUUAUUGCCAAGUUGUAUUUAGUAGAACAAACCUCAGAUGGAAUUAACUCUGAACAAAUUGGUGGUUCCUAAUUUUUCUUUCUGAUGUAACAUGGACACUCAACCCUUUUGGUAGCCAAAUGACCAGCUUAUUUAAAAUGCCUCCUAUUAAUAGAAAGCUGCAUAUAGGCAUCUCCUAAUGAAAAAAAAUUUGGUUCCAUUGUGAACUGGCCAUAUGACAACUACUUUUUUAUCAACUUAUUAAGUUGGGGCACUAUAAUAGCUCUUGCUGAGUUUAGCAAUGUUUAUAAGCGUGUGUUAAACACAUAAUUUUUAUGAGGAAAAAGGGAUAAAGAAAAGCAAUGUCACAGAUGAAUGUGUUUUGAGUAGACAGCAUACUUUUUUAUUUCUACACUGUUAAGCUUAUUUUCUGUUUUUAAGGUCAAACUUUAUUGCAUGAGAAACUUUUACUGUGUUCUGCACUUUGUUCUCUUUUGUAUAAUCUUGAUUUUUUCAUUUAUGCAUAGAAAAAAAUGGAUUUAGAAAUACUCUACUCCACAUUGCAUUGUGUUCCAAUCUGUUGUUCUACAAUUCAAUCUUAAUAAACCUUUAAAUAAGA